CUGAGAGUAAAAGAGGGCCCUUCCUGUACUGACAGUCACAUUAAAAACGAAAGUCAAAGAGGGAAACAAGUGCACGUGGUGGAUGAUACUGACGGGAAAGCAGCGCAGAAACGACUCAGCAUGAGCCAGUGGAAGCAGAUUCAGCAGCUGGAGAUCAGACUCCUGGAACAUGUGGACUACCUGUACGAUGAUAACUUCCCCAUGGACAUCCGACAGGUUCUGGCCAGCUGGAUCGAGUCUCAGGACUGGGACACAGCAGCUAACGACGAGUCAAUGGCGGCAGUGCUGUUCACCAACCUGCUGUCCCAGUUGGAUCGGGUGCGUUCACAGGAGCAGAACUUCCUACAGAGACACAACAUGAAAAUCAUUCAGCAGCAGCUACAGGUGAAGUACGCAACCAGCCCUGCCAUCAUGGCCAAGGUUAUCUCCAGUUGCCUCAGGGAAGAACGGCGCAUCCUCUCCAGCGCCGGCAUGCAGGAACAGGGUCCACUGGAGAAGUCGCUGCAGAAUUCUGUGGCCUUUGAGAGGCAGAAGAACUUGGACAACCGAGUUGGGAUCAUCAGAGGCAGCGUACAGUUGAUGGACCAGGCUGUGAAAUACAUCGAGGACAUGCAGGAUGACUUUGAUUUCCGCUACAAGACCCUACAGUCUCGAGACUCGACAGAUAGGAACUCUGAGAUGAUGAAACAGGAAGUAACAAGACUGCAGGAAAUGCUCAACAGGCUCGACUUUAAAAGGAAGGAGAUCCUGUCAAAGAUGGAUGUGGUGAUCAAGGAGAUUGAUGACCUGAUGACCUCUCAGCUCAACCCUGAGCUGCAGGACUGGAAGCGGAGGCAGCAGAUCGCUGCCAUUGGGGGUCCGCUGCCCACCGGUCUGGACCAGCUGCAGAGCUGGUUUACUCUGACAGCCCAGAGUCUCUUCCAGAUCAAGCGUCAGCUGGACAAACUGGGGGAGCUGGUUGUCAAGGUCACCUAUGAAUGCGAUCCAAUCCCCCUGCAGAAACCUCAGAUGGAGGAGCGAGUCAAAUACCUCCUGUACCACCUGAUCAAGAGCUCGUUUGUGGUGGAGAAGCAGCCAUGCAUGCCCACACAUCCACAGAAACCCCUCAUCAUCAAGACCGGAGUACAGUUCACCACCAAAGUCAGACUCCUGGUGAAACUUCCAGAGGUGGAUUAUCAGCUGAAAGUGAAAACAACAUUCGACAAGGACCUCCCCCCAGGCAGAGUAAGUCGUCAGUUUUUCAUCCUGACCAACAACACUAAAGUGAUGGACAUCGAGGACUAUUCAAACGGCUGCCUCUCAGUGGAGUUCAGGCACCUGCAGCUGAAAGAAAAGAAAUACAUCAAUGGCACAAAGGGGAAUGAGGGUUUGCUCUCUGUGACAGAGGAACUUCACUCUCUCAGUUUUGAGGCUUGCUUCACAGUGCAGGGCCUCACCAUCGAUCUGGAGACGUGUUCUCUGCCACUGGUGGUCAUUUCCAACGUGAGCCAGCUGCCUGGAGGCUGGGCCUCCGUCAUGUGGUAUAACCUUCUGACUGAUGAGCCGAGGAACUUGGCGUUCUUCGGUAACCCGCCUCGGGCCACCUGGAGCCAGCUCUCCGAGGUCCUGAGCUGGCAGUUCUCCACCUUUGCUGGUCAAGGCCUCAACAAGGAGCAGCUCGCCAUGCUGGGAGACAAACUUCUCGGUCAACACGCCUCCUGCGGUGACCAUCAAGUGACCUGGUCUAAGUUCUCUAAGGAGAAUAUUCCAGGAAAGCCCUUCAGUUUCUGGAUGUGGCUGGACUCCAUCCUGGAGCUCAUCAAGAAGCACUUGCUGCCAGUCUGGAAUGAGAACUACAUCAUGGGCUUUGUGAGUAAAGAGAUGGAGCGAACUCUGCUGAAGGACCGAGAACCCGGCACUUUCCUGCUACGCUUCAGUGAGAGCCACCUGGGAGGGAUCACGUUCACCUGGGUGGAGCACAACGACAACGGCGAGGUGAAGUUCAACUCUGUGGAGCCCUACACUAAAAGCCGGCUUAGCGCCCUCCCGUUUGCUGACAUCAUACGGGAUUACAAAGUGAUCUCAGACGGGGUCGUCCCAGAGAACCCGCUCAAGUUCCUGUACCCUGACAUCCCCAAAGACGAGGCCUUCGGACGGCUUUACAACACUCAGCCAAGCAAAGUCCAUCCAUACAUACCAUCUACCCUGAUCCCCAUCUCUGAACUGCGAUCUAAUGCAAACAGCACGCCACUUCCGUGUCAGUCUCCUGAGCCGCCGAUGACUCCGGGAGAGUUUGACAUGCUCAACGAGCACCUCUGCUUCGACAUUGAUACUAUGAGCCCUCCAUAUUCAGAGUAAAACGAGAUGAAAAAGCAACUUUUUGCUCACAGGGUUUCUUGAAUCAGCAGAGUUUUCAUAACAACCUGACACCCGCCUGCGAUCAAUGCCUACGUCUGGAGCCUGCUGUGUUUAGAGAGGAUUUUGUUUUACAUUACCGGGCUGUUGUUUGUUUUUCUUUUUAUAUAUAUAUAUAUAUAUAUUCAUAAUUGUUCCUUUUUCUAUAAGGCCUGCAUUGUAAAUAAAACAAUCUAAACAUGA